AUGGCGUCGGAAGAGGAGCCGACAACGAAGUUUACUGAUGGGCAACUGAUAAAUAAUGUUAUGAAGGCCCUUCAAGAACAAAGGAAGGUCUGCCGUUUCUGUGACGUUGUACUCAAAGUGUGCGGAGAAGAGAUCUUUGCUCACAGUAAUGUAUUAGCAGCUGCCAGUCCAUAUUUCGCCUCUUUUCUUGGCACUCUGCAGGAUCUUCCUCGCGCCUUUUCUCAAAAGUUACCCCAGAUCAUCGAGAUCCACAUCGAGGGUUCGAACGAGUCGAAGAUCGGUUACGGCCUAGCUGUCCGUAAGCUGGUAGACUUCAUGUACACUAGCUGCAUCGAAAUCUCACCCAGCGUGUUAACCCAAGUUAUAGAGAUUGCUAAAAUCAUGCAACUGAACACGAUACUAGAAUACUGUGAGAGGUAUCGAAAUGGCCAGCCUAAACUGCCAGAGAACGUUGAGGAGUUUUCAACUCCAGCAACUGGCGAAGAUGCGACCGGUAUGAAAUCCGUAGACCACACCUAUGGUCUUGAUGAUGACAGUGCCUUCCCUUCUGAGUCAUCGGCUAUGAAUGUAAGCAAGGACCAGAUGACCCAAACCAACUUCUUCACCAGUGCUAACUCAAAAGAAAGUAUAACAACUGAAGACUGCGACUCGAACGUGGCCCUUGCUGAAGCUUCUGUCGUGAAAGACGAUGAAGAAGAUAACGCUAAAAAUGAACAAACUGCCGAGUCGAUCGAUUCACUGCUAGACGAAGAAGGCCCGGAAACAAACACGACUACAAAAUUACUAGCCGAAGUAGCCGCAGACUCUGUUACACUUGCAGAUCCAGAGGCUUUGAUAUCAUCAUCCAUACAAAAGACGACGACAGUUGCGACUGUAUCUGAGACAAUCACCGAAGAAGAGGAAGCAAUGGAGACUGAAGAGAAAGUGGAUCCUGAUGUGACAGGAGAAAGUGAUCCUGCUAAAGAUUCUGGUCAGUGUUCGGGGGCAGUCCGCUCUAGCUUACGUAUUCGCCUGGGUAAGAAACACACAAGGGGUCGCCCUUACCACAGAAAAAAAGGUAAGGUGAAAUCUAGAGUUACCGCGACCACUAACAACAACGGCCAGACGCAGAAUAAUGGCACCACUACAAAUAAUAAUGUCACGAUUGAAGUGUAUAUAUGUGACGAAUGUUUGUACAGCACAUAUAACUAUAACCACUUUAAACGACAUCAAAAAAUUCACCAGGACGGUAAAUAUAGUUGUAAUAAGUGCGACUACAAAGCGAACCGGUUGAAAACAUUAAACGACCAUAAACGAAUCCACUUACACGCUGACCUUCAGUGUAGCUACUGUGAGUACAAAGCAACUAAUGCUGAGGAGUUAACGUUACACUUGUCUCGCCACAGCGGAGAACACCCGUAUUUCUGUUAUUUAUGCGAUAUGAAAUUUAAAACCAGAACGCAGCUUAACCAGCACAUGCCAAAGCAUUCCGAGGAGAAACCAUUUGUCUGCACUAAGUGCUUCGCGGGUUUUAAGUGGAAGCACGCUCUGAAAAGCCACAUGGUGGUCCACAGUGACACCAAAGAUCAUUUGUGUGACAUCUGUGGCUAUGCGACAGCCCACAAGAGCCAGCUGAAAGCACAUCGCCUAAUCCACACUGGAGAGACCUUCAAGUGCUCCAUGCAGGGCUGCACUUUUCAGGCCCUUAAACAACAGAACCUCAAAUACCACAUGCUGACCCACACGCACGAGAAACCUCACGUGUGCCCUGUCUGUAGCCAAAGUUUCUCGCUGAUUAAAAAUCUCAAACGUCACAUGUUACUGCAUACCAACAACCGGCCCUACAAAUGUGACCACUGCUCUUUUACAUCAACUCGCUAUGACAAGUUGAAAGGACAUCUUCUUAAACAACAUAACAUUGGGGAGAAGCCGAACAAGAAACAUCGGAUUUUAGAUUAUCAAGUGCCCAGUGAAAAACUCGUGCAAGAGUCGACCGAGGAAGCAGAUGAAAGCACUUUGAGAGAAAUAACAGCGACAGUUGCUACGGAAGGUGCUACUGCUACUAUUCCAGGCACAACCACACAAAUCGUUAUCGCUGCUGCAGAUAAUAUCCCUGUACCUAUUGCAAUAACCCGUGUCAACAGUGAUGGUUACACAGAAAUUAGUUAUCCUACUUUUCAAUAUGUGUAA